UGCAAGUUGAGGGUCCGGGGCUUCAGGUUCAAUUCUUCUCUUCGGCUGUGGUUUGUUGGAUAUCGUGGAUUUUACUGUUUUCUUGACAGUCGUUGUUUAUCGUGCUGUCCGGGCGACCAGAUUUUCGUCCCUCUUGCGAUACCCUCCAUAUCAACGCAGCAGUAAACCGAAGCAAUGGCGCCAACCAAGGGUUCAGGGAAGAACUCCAACAAGAAUGAUGGCAAGAAGACCAAGCCUCUUUCGUCCGGAUCCAAAGUGAACAAGAAGAACGUCAAGCGCCCGCCUCCGAAGGAAGUCAAGUCGAAGGCGCGCACCGAGGCCAGCCAGUUGAAGAAGACCAAGAAGAGAGAGUACACCGAGGAGGAACUGGGUCUGCCCAAGCUGAACCAGAUUACCCCCGUCGGUGUCGUGAAGCCCAAGGGCAAGAAGAAGGGAAAGACUUUCGUAGAUGAUGCGGAGGGAAUGAUGACCAUCCUUGCCAUGGUGAACGCGGAGAAGGAAGGACAGAUCGAAUCCAAGAUGAUGAAGGCUCGCCAGCUGGAGGAGAUCCGGGAGGCAAAGAGAAAGGAAGCCGAGGCUCGACAGGCACAGAAGAAGUCUAAGCUGGACGAGGUAAAACAGUCUAUCCGCCAAAAACGCAAGCACAAGGGCGACUCUAGCCAAACAAGCGAGGCCCCAGCCAAGGAGUCGUCCAAACCGAAAGGAAAGAAGAAAAGCGUUGCGUUUGCUUGAGAUUUUAUGUACAAAAGUAAUUCUGUCUAUACCGGGUCUAUGUAGUUAGAUGGGUCUCUGGCGUUUAUACUGGUCUAUGUCUUCGAAAACAAUGGCUGCAUGACACUCUGAUGAGCAUCUCCGAAUGAAG